AGUGCCCACUGCAUGAGAACAAUACGUAGCAAGCCGUGAACGAGUCAAGUGCACGUCUGUGUCAUUGGAAAAGGCAAGAAAACAAAUCGUACGCGGUGUGUCUGUUCGCGUUUCCGCCACGGGAAGUUAUUCCAGUAACCAGCAAACUGUCGGUAAAGCUGUCGACCUUCUGUGCCAGUGCGUAUAAAGGCCGGACAACUUACGUCUCUCGUUAGCUAAGGCUCAAUUCCCGUGAGUGUGAAGUCUGCUUCUGUUUCGUGUCAUCGCGCUCAAACGUAACUAGGAAAUGAUGAAAUCGAUCUUCUUCGGAAUCGUUGCCCUGAUGUUCGCGGCUGUUGUGAUGCAGCAGGACCAGGCAUCGGCACAGGUUACCGAAACGGAUGCCCCCUCAAGCACCGACGAAUGGAACUACAUGAACCGUAGCUGCUCCGCCAAGCUGCAGGACCAGAUCAACAAGGAGUUCGAUGCGGCCAUCUUCUACAUGCAGUACGGUGCCUACUUCGCCCAGUACCAGGUGAAUCUGCCCGGCUUCGAGAAGUUCUUCUUCAACGCCGCCUCGGAGGAGCGCGAGCACGGCAUGAAGCUGAUCGAGUACGCGCUGAUGCGCGGCCAGAAGCCGAUCGACCGCAACAGCUUCUCGCUGAACUUCGCUAACCCGGCUGCCCGCGUCGAUGCGGAACAGGGCUCGGUUGCGCUGACCGCCCUGAAGGCCGCCCUCGCCAAGGAGCAGGAGGUGACCAAGAGCAUCCGCGAGCUGAUCAAGAUCUGCGAGGAGGACCACAACGACUACCAUCUGGUGGACUACCUGACGGGCGAGUUCCUGGAGGAGCAGCACCAGGGCCAGCGCGAUCUGGCCGGCAAGAUUACCAUGCUGAGCAAGCUGCUGCGCACGAACCCCAAGCUGGGCGAGUUUAUGUUCGACAAGCAGAACAUGUAAAGCGUUUCGCGGGUAAUGGGUUUUGGAGAGUAGAAGGCACCUGCGUCCACUUGCAGCAUUAUGUCUGAAUUCCCUGUUAAAAACGUACGUGUGUGUGUGUGCGCUAGGAGGUAGAGAUUCAAUAAAUACUUCCAGAUAAGAGUCAAACCGACACACAAA